UGUCGAAAAGAAGAAGCAGCAGCGGCUAGCCUCCUCUUGUUGGACCAUCUACGAACGAAGCCGCCGUCGUAGCUCACACCAGCCAGAGUAGGAAAGGAGAGAGGGAGAGAAUCAACACAGGGAGAGCCGAGAGGAGAGAGAGAGACGCAAAAGAUGGCGCACGCCGACCGGACCAGAGACCCGUGCCCAUGGGUCAUUCUCAACGACAGCGGAGGCGCAUUCAGCAUGGGGGCCAUCGGCGGGACGAUCUGGCACGGCAUCAAGGGCAGCCGGAAUUCGCCGAGGGGAUCGAGGCUACCGGGCGCACUGGCAGCCAUCAAGGCUAGAGCGCCUGUGCUGGGAGGCAACUUUGGCAUCUGGGGUACCAUGUUCUCGACGUUUGACUGCACCGUCAAGGGAGUCCGGCAGAAGGAGGACCACUGGAACUCGAUCAUUGCCGGCUUCUUCACCGGAGGAAGCUUGGCGAUUCGAUCUGGUCCAAAGGGCGCGAUUGGGUCGGGGAUCAUGUGUGGAAUCUUGCUGGGCUGCUUCGAGGGGAUGGGCGUGCUGAUGCAGAGAUUCAUGGCCGAAUCAAACAAGCCCGUCGCACCCAUCAUUCCGGACGCACAAACGAUGCCUGGUGGAUCGGCCCCAGCCGUGGCGGCAGCAUGAUUCGGGGCGCGGGCAGCGGCAGGACACAUGUAUACUCUAGAAGAUUUCGCAAUCACCACUACUCUUUCCCGGCUCAGUUUCUUUCGUAUCCUCUGCGCCAAGUUCGAUUACAGACUGGUCAAUCUGUGCUGACCCUAGAACCGGAGUGUGCAAGGUGCUGUGACGAAGAGAUAGUGGAAGAUAUGAGCAACGCUGUUUCAA